AGCGCAGAGAUAGCGCUGCUCCUCGGUGCUCGGUAUCCAGUCCGAGGUGCGCUGCUCUCGGCUGAGUUGCACACGGAGGAGAGCCUCUUUGGACGGGAAGUUUAAACUGGGAGUUUAACAAAAAAGGCGAAGGACUUUUUUUUUUUGUCUCAAACGGACGGAAUAUUUUUUUUUGGAGGGAACACAGAAGCGGAGCGGUAACUGACUGAACCGGCUUGGAGGAGGAGGCGGAGGAGGAGGAGGGCAGCCGUUUUUGUGUGUGUUGUUUCGGGUUGAACAGUGAACACACCACCGCUGUGUCUGCUCUGUUAAAACUGUUUUAAAAAAUAUAUUUAACAAAUACUUUGGAGCCUGGCGCGUUUUUGAGACUCACAUGUGAUGAGGAGGGAAUUAAACAGCGGUGGAGAGCCAGACGGAGACAGCGAAAGCUAAAGCUCAUCUCCCCCCCAGACAACGACGACGGAGCGGCCAACGGUCGGUGGUCAACCGCCACAGACACACAGUCUUCCUGCUCAUUCCUCUUUUUUCCUUCACCACUCAUCUGUUUCACAGUCUCGUCUCAUUAUUCCGCACGUUUUCCUCCCCUUGCUUUUCUCCCCCGUCAUCCUCUUCCCUCUACAUGUGAUUUUCUUUUUAUCUCAUUCGUCUCUCUCUCUCUCUCCCUCCUGAUCUACCUCUUCACAUCCUCUCUCCCUUCCCUUCCCUCCCUCCCUCCCCUUCCCCUCCCCUCGCCGCUUCUCUGGCAGGCUGCUCAUUGCAGUGAGUCAGUAUCAUGGAGGCAGGCAGCGGGGCUGCCGCAGCGGUGGGGAGUGCAGCACUAGGACUGCUGGGAGCUGCAGCAGCCGCGUCCAGCCAUGACAUCUUGGACAGGGGCCUGAGGCCUGGACGUCACCUGGAGGACGACGAUAUUGUGCCUGAGCUGGCUUACAUCCAUCCCAGAGAGAGACCUGACUGGGAGGAGACCAUCAGUGCCAUGGCGAGGAGCGCAGAGAUCCCCGAGCUGAGGACGGAGCCCCUCAUGCGCUCAAGCAGCAGCAGCACGGCCAGCAUGAAGGUCAAGAAUGUCAAGAAACUUUGCUUCACCAAGGGCCACUUCCCCAAACUGGCAGAGUGCGCUCACUUCCACUACGAGAACGUGGACUUUGGCACAAUUCAGUUGUCCCUCGGGGAUGAACAGUGUGAAGUGACACGGAAUGGCUACGAGUCGAAGGAGCUGGUGUACUUAGUUCAUAUUUACUGCCAGGGUCGAAGUUGGAUCGUGAAGCGCAGCUAUGAGGAUUUCCGCGUCCUGGACAAGCACCUGCACCUCUGCAUCUACGACCGACGCUUCUCCCAGCUGCCCGAGCUGCCUCGCCUGGACAGUCUGACUGAUCAGUCAGAGUCCGUUUCCCAGAUGUUGUUAGCUUACCUCUCCCGGCUCUCGGCCAUCGCUGACAACAAGAUCAACUGUGGGCCCGCCCUCACAUGGAUGGAGGUCGACAAUAAGGGAAAUCAUCUGUUGGUCCACGAAGAGUCGUCCAUCAAUGUGCCAGCUAUCGCUGCCGCCCACGUCAUCAAGCGUUACAUCGCUCAGGCCUCAGACGAGCUGUCCUUCGAGGUUGGCGACAUCGUGUCCGUGAUUGACAUGCCCCCUAAAGAAGACACCACAUGGUGGAGGGGCAAGCACGGCUUUCAGGUUGGCUUCUUUCCCAGCGAGUGUGUGGAGCUCAUAAAUGAUAAAGUGCCGCAGUCCAUGACCAACACGGUGCCAAAACCAGCCUCCCCCUGCUCUGGCCUGCAGCCUGCUUCUUGGAGUCUCUUCCCUCCCUACUUGGAGAUGGAGAGUGUAAUACAGGACAGUGCAUGGGUGGCCGACCCGCUAAACCACUACAGCCUAAGUUCAGUGUCUAAGAAGCACGGGAAGCUGAUCACCUUCUUGCGCUCCUUCAUGAAGUCCAGGCCCACCAAGCAGAAGCUGAAGCAGAGAGGCAUCCUCCGGGAGAGGGUGUUCGGCUGUGACCUGGGAGAACACCUCCUCAACUCAGGACACGAUGUGCCCCAGGUCCUCAAAAGCUGCACCGAGUUCAUCGAGAAGCACGGUGUGGUGGACGGCAUCUACCGGCUCUCUGGAAUCGCCUCAAACAUCCAGAAACUGCGGCACGAGUUUGACUCUGAGCAGAUCCCCGACCUGACCAAAGAUGUUUACAUCCAGGACAUCCACUGUGUUGGCUCGCUGUGUAAGCUCUACUUCAGAGAGCUGCCCAACCCCCUGCUCACCUACCAGCUCUAUGAGAAGUUCUCUGAUGCUGUAUCAGCAGCGACGGACGAAGAGCGACUCAUCAAAAUCCAUGAUGUCAUCCAGCAGCUUCCUCCGCCGCAUUACAGGACCCUGGAGUUCCUCAUGAGGCACCUUUCCCGCCUGGCAGCAUUCAGCUACAUCACCAACAUGCACAGCAAGAACCUGGCCAUCGUCUGGGCGCCCAACCUGCUGAGGUCUAAACAGAUCGAAUCCGCGUGCUUCAGCGGCACGGCAGCCUUCAUGGAAGUCCGAAUCCAGUCGGUGGUGGUGGAGUUCAUCUUGAACCACGUGGACGUCCUCUUCAGCACUAAACUCAGCACACUAAUACGAGAGGGAGCAGGUCACAAUUCAUUGUCACGGCCCAAAUCCCUGCUGGUUUCAUCGCCCUCCACUAAACUCCUGACUCUGGAGGAGGCCCAGGCCAGGACCCAGGCUCAGAUCAACUCUCCAGUCACUGAAGACAGCAAGUACAUCGAGGUGGGCGAAGGUCCGGCUGCCCUGCAGGGGAAGUUCCACACCGUCAUCGAGUUUCCGACUGAGAGGAAGAGGCCUCCUAUUAAAUCCAAGAAGUCUCCUGUGGGUAGUUGGCGUUCGUUCUUCAACCUGGGCAAGUCUUCCGCCAUGUCCAAGCGCAAGCUGCACCGCAACCCCAGUGAGCCCAAUGAACUGAAGGCCAUGGCUCUCGCAGGAGGGAGAGGAGACACGGCAACAUUAAGAUCAGCCAAAAGUGAAGAGUCUCUGAGUUCCCUGCACAAUGUUGAAGGAGAGUCGAAGGUGUACCGUCCUCGACGGCCACGCUCCAGCAGCGACGCCCUGUCGGCCUCCUUUAAUGGCGAGCUGCUGGACAGCCGGCAGCACUGCAACUCCUACGACAACCUGGACGCCACGGAGGACAGCGACGGAGACGACGGCCCCAUCUGUGUGCCUGCCCUCAUCUCACCUCCGCGCUCAGCUGGCGAAGAUGUGGACCUCAGCCCGCCAGACAUUGGCAUGGCCUCGUUGGACUUUGACCCCAUGUCUUUCCAGUGCAGUCUCCCCGACACCUCCUACGCCUUUCCCCUGGAUGACUCACCGGCCGGGGCCGAGGGCUGCGUGUUAAAGAGAAGCCCCGGCAAGACCAACGGCUCUGACCUCAUCUCUGCCACCUUCAUGGCGAGCUUGUUGUCCACGGACUUUAACCGGGCUGCUGGAGAGAGGAUGGAGAGCAAGAAACUGACCACGUCCUAUUCUUACACUGAUAAACCCACACAGGCUGUGUCACCUAUUAAAUGUGGAAAGGCCACGAGUUUGACACCAUUUUCCACCUCAGAGCUUUUCUCUACAGAGACGCUUCACAAGAACACAGGUGGACAGGCUGUCUCUCCACAACCAUUAUCUCCUCCUUCAGUAGCCAAGGACUCUCCUCCCCUGAUGGGCAGUGUGCUGCUGAGGGCAGCAGAGCCGUCGCUAAGUGAAGCUUUCCAAAUAGAGCUGCACUCGAAGCUGGCAGCCUUUGACAGCGCGGACAGUCAAGAGCUGAAGAGAGAGGACGGCGUACAGCAAGCGCCGGCUGCCAGCAGCCAAGAGCACCAGGGAGUCGUAGCUCCGGACUCUUCGAAGGACCUCCUCACCCCUCGUUCCCACAACUCUACAGCUCCCACUACUGCCCCACCUCCUCCUCCCCCUCCUAAAAAUGCUGCCCGCAUGUUGGCCCUGGCCCUCGCUGAGUCUGCCCAGCAGGUCUCAAUUCAGUCUCAGUCCCGGUCCUCUGAGCCCCCCACGCCGGUGUCCCCUCUGCAGCCACAGGAGGCCUCUAACUUCCAGGAGCCGCCGCAUCCACUGGUCCCACAUUUCCCGACUUAUCCCGACGAGGGAGCAGGGGGAGGAAGCUCCCCGCUGCCUAACAGCACUGCUCCAACCGUCACCCCGGCCUCAUCUUAUCCCCCCGCUUCCAGUCCUACAAUCAAGCAGCAGCAGCCGCAAGAGUUAACCAGCACGGUUGGCAAGCUAUCAGAGGGUGGCAACUCUUCUACAGCUCUGCCCGGCGUACAGCCAGAAACAGACUCCACUUCAUCAGACACUCCUCUUUACAAGUGUGCCCCGCUCCCCACUUCAAUCGGCCUCACUUCACCAACCAGGAAAAGUCCAGAAAGGAGGCCGCAUCAGCAGCAGCCUGUCACGGGACAGAUCUCCGUCUGUGCCAGCUCGUCUAACAACACUCCAGCCACCACGCCCAACGACAGCUGCAAAGACAAAGUGUUACCACAGCCUGUUCCUGAGGUCAAACCAGAAGAGCCUGCACCGCCCCCGAUCCUUCCAAAACCGUCAGAACCUCCACAAAAGCCCAAACGGCAGGCGGUAUCACUUUCCCAGCACCAAACACAAACCCAGCAGCAGAGCCAAGCUCAGAUACAGCCUCAUCUUCCAACACAGGUUCAACCUCAAACACAGCCUCAUCCACAGUCUCAUCCGGCGUCACAGCCUCACACCCAGUCUCAACCGCAAGUCCAACCCCAACCCCAAACCCAAACCCAGCCCCAGCCGCCCUCAAAGGCCAGCGCCAGAGUGGCGCCCACCUCUGCUGACCCUGUUGAGAAGCCUUGGGAGGCCAUAAAACCGGUACAGCCCUGCACAGAGUCUACAAAGUACCACGACUCGUACACACCCGCGCCUCCAGCUCCUCCUGUCCGCACCAUAGAGAGCAAACUGGCCACAGCAGCACUGAGCCAAAGUGAAGCCUCCUACCAAUUCCUGGGUGAAGGCCCUGCGCCCGGUCAUCUGGAGGACGCUCUGCCUCACCACCCUCUUUCUCCACGUAAAUCUUCCACGCACCAGCCAGCCUACCUGUACCACGCUAAAGGAGAGCCCGUCUUAAUUGAGCCUCCAGGAGCUGCGUACUACCACCAGAGGCCCGUUCCUCUGGGCCCGCAGUCCAUGCCGCACCACUAUCGGCCAGACAGCAUCCCUCCACACCUCUCCUUCGUGUCCAAAUCUGAGCCUCAAAUACCCUACAGUGCCCGAGUAGACAACAGAUACAGCACUUUAGGCCCCAGGUCGUACCACCACUCUAUAAAGUCCAGAGGAAACACUCGCAGUGUGUACGUGUCUCCAGGGCCAGGGCAUCCAGGUUACAGCCAUGACCGAACCCAUGGCUAUCCAACCAUCCGCAGAGUUCACUCGCUCCACGUUCCUUCCACUAUCCGCUCAGUGCCCAUCCAAAGGACUGAAGUUCCUCCAGAUGACGAGAUGUUCUUCUACCACCGGCCCAUCUAUCAGUGCAAAGCCUACCAGCAGCCCGCACAGCAGUCCUCACAAGCCGACUACCACGUCACCCAGCUGCAGCCUUACUUUGAGAAUGGACGGGUUCAGUAUCGCUACAGUCCGUACUCCCCUGGUUCGAGCCCUUUGGAGGCGCCUUUUUACGACAUCGACCCUUAUGGCACCAUCCGAGUCCGGCACGUCCACUCGUUUGGAGGUCGAGAUCCGGGAGCCGGCGCUAGCCGACCUGGAGGAAAGGCAACUGGAUACCACUACCUCGCUCGCCAUGUUCUCCCACCUGGGAAGGAGCACAGCUUUGUGAGCAGGGACAUGCCGCCUGGUCACGGAAGCAAGGAAGCUGCCGCUUACCUUGCUUGGGACCCAGAAGAGGCAGAAAGGCUUCGCAUGCACUCCAUUCGCAGGGAGAGCAGGGCGAGACAGAAGGUUAAAGGCCCCGUCCUCUCUCAGUACGACAACGUCGGCUUGUUUGCACCAGCGGAUAUAUCAGGCUAUGAAACCCUGCACCUGCGCAGUAAAUCUGACCCGGGGAAAGCUGUGCUUGUUGCAGCCGACAGCAAAGAUGGACGCUACCUCCCAAGACAUAUGGUGUCAGACCCUGACGUCCUCAUGUACAUGGAGACCGACAAGCACGUCCAGGGCAGCGCGGUGGCCGACAAGUCAGACGGGCUGGUCAAGCAAAGCGGAUCCAAGAAAUGCCAAUCUUCGCACUCCCUUCCCACCACUCUGAGCCACAGCCUCUCCCAUCCGCAGGAGAGCGGCCGACAGGAGGCCAAGUAUGAGACUGGAGACGACAAGCAGGGUGGAGACGGCAGCAGGUCUAAACACUGGCAGCAGGAGUAUCCCAACAAGAGGAACAUGCAACCACGUUACGAGUGUGCUGAUUCCGACCACCACCAGGGCGGCUACCACAACAUAGACGACCAGCUAUCAGCCCCGAGGGAGCAACUCGCCCGCUCCAAACCGGAGCGAUCGCAAAGCGUCCGAGAGCCGCCGCACUACAGCCAGGGGAAGCCUGAACUGGACAGAGACUACUCAUAUCAAAAACACGGCACUAAAACGCCGCAGUCCCACUAUGAUAACUUGGACGAUUACCACCCAGUACCUCAUCCUCAGGCCCCUGUUCAAAAACGUGGAGGCUCCGGCUCGUAUCCCGCCCCAGGAUUCACGGCGAGCCACAACAACAGAGCGUACUCCACAGCACUGGGCCAGGGCGCCUUUAUCCAGACUGACCUGGCCAUGCAGAGGCCAGAGACAGAGAUCCGUACAGAAUGAAGCGUUUAAGUGGGGCGGACGAAACGUGUGAAAUUAUCUUUAGCUGUGUAGAAGAGAGACUCUGUUGAGCUACGGUUGAGCAGCCUCUGCAGGACAGUGGACUGUCGUAUCACCAAUAUUUUUGCUCCUCUGUAUUUUUAAUGAAUUGUAAAGAAAAAUGACUUUUUACAGAAAGUCCUGAAUGUACCUGAAAUUAUUGUCCAAGAGGUCAUAUUAUUGUGAUUGAUUGAGACAGUAGCCAGUCAUAAAUGUAUAUGAUAUGAAAGACGCAAGGUACUUUUACAGGAACCACACAAAUGUAAAAUAUAUAUACUAUAUAUAUAUAUAUAUGAAUAGAAUCACUAGUAAAAAGGGAUUUUUAGUUGUAUUUUGUUUUUCUUUCUAGGUGUGGCGUUGGGUAUGAGCAUCAGCUGGGAUUAAAGGUUUGCAUUUUAGAAAUGCAUGCACUCUCUUAUCUCUUACAGAACAGUUCUGUGUACUUCACUACCCAUUGCGUUUUUUAUUUUUUAUUUUUGUGGACGUUACAGCACAAGUUAUCAGAGGAGGAUACACGUAGGUCACCACGCCCUCCCUCUGCUAACAUGUACACAAGUAGGCGGUACGGCGUGUCCGUGUUUGUCUCGAGGAAUCCGACAAAGGGGGCUGCAGUGGGUUACUUUGAGUUAAUAUAGUGGUUAUCAUUGUCUAAUUUUCUCUGUGACUGUGCCAUUUUAUGUAACUUUGCUAUAAACAGAUUUCAACGACUUCUUAAUGGAAUGUUUUGGUACUCGUUUGUUCUUCACUGGAAGAGGGACCAAACAACUUUGGGCGCAGUUGUUGCACAUGUGGGAUAAAGAGGUGAAGAUUGGAUGUAUGCCUGUUGUACCUUUGUAGAUGUGUAAGCAGAUGUGUAAGAGGUUAUUUUUUAAUUUCCUUUUUGUUUUGUUUUUUCUUGUUUUUUUUUCAUCACAUUCACGGUACUUUCAUGAACUGGACAGACUGAAUAAAGCUGAAAACAUUGUCCUCUCAAACGACGUGGUGGAGAAACGUGUUGCCGCUGCUUUGUGGGGAGAGAAACAACUCGGUGAUGAGCCUUAAAUUUUGUUCCCUACAAACCAUGAUUUGUUUUACUGUCAUUGUCAUAGACCAUUUUCAUAAUGCACAAACAUUGUGAUAUCUAGAUUUAAGAUCACUUUUGAUGAUUCUUGACAGUUCAGGGUUGACAGGUGACCUGCUGGGGUUAUUUAGUUUUGUAUCGCCUCACUUGUUCAACGAGGGUGGGAAAUGUUUUUGUUUGUGUUUUCUAAAGAUAUCUGGGGCCAUUUAUUUUCAGGCUGGAAAUCGAUGUAUAGUACAUUCAUCUGGUAUUAUACUACGCGCCCUUUUGGGUCACCAUAAUGUCUGGAUAUGUUUCAAAUAUGUCUAAACCCAGGUUGUACUCUGUAACUGUUUGACUUCUAUAUCGCUUGCAGGUUUUGCUCCUCUUGCCUUAUCUAAAGCCUCUCCCUUUUCAGAUGGGGCAUUUGAAGUAAGGCACCGUGUACUUGAAUGUGAAAACACUCUUGUCUCAAUCUAGAGGUAUCUAAAGUUAGAUAUGAAAUAAAUAAAACUGUUCAGGAAUA